UUCGAAUUUUACUGAUUUCUUUAAUAUUCGUUAAAUGUUUAUGGGAUUUAUUUUUAGUAUUUUUGUGAAUUAUAUUAUAAUAUAAUGGAAACGUCAAUAAGUUUUGAUGUUCGAAUUAUAUUAAACAUAAAAGAAGGUAAAGGUUUUGAACAAAUUUUAUUACCUACAUUAGUUGUUGCAACACUUAAUGGACAUUCCUUAGAAACUGAUGUUGUAGAACCAAGUCCCAAUCCUCAGUACAAUCAUGACUUGGUUUGGGAAGUUGAUAAAAAUAGAUUACGAAAAAUGAGAUCCGGACAAGUUCCAUUAAAGCUAGAAUGUUUUGCUAUUAAAAGCAGCGAUCAUAAGGAAAAAUUAGGGUAUCUUCUACUUAAUCUGAGAGCUGCACAAGUUUUUUCUAAAACUGAUACCAUUAAUGUGAAAUCUAAUUGGCAUACGCUAUUAGGUUUAAAAGGUGAGCUUAAAGUCCAUAAACCUGAAUUACUCUUGGCUUUAAGUAUUCAUCAUCAAGAACCUACAACAUUAAAUUCUCAAUUAGAGCUAAAAAAUAGUGAAGAAUAUCACCAAGCAACUCCUGAAUCUCCUAAAAUAACUCCUUGUUUGCUUUGUGAUGAGCGUCUUAUCCAAUUGGGUCCUUUAAACACUUGUCAUGAAUUGUUUUUGUUGAAUAUCACAGCUAUAUCUGCAACAAAUAUAGAUUCAUUAUUACCACCAAAUUAUUAUGCAGAUAUGAAUAAUAAUUUAUAUUUUUGGUGUAAAAUAUUGGAAAAUGAUAUCUACUUUAAUAGAUCUAAGAAAGAUUAUGGACAGCUCUGGACACUUAAUGAGAAAAUUGUAAUAAGGAUCAGAAGUUCAUUAAGAGUCCUAAAAGAUUAUUUACAACAAAAACCAUUUUUGUUUAUAUAUUUGAAAUAUAAAGAGAACAUCUUAGGUCAAUCAGAAGUAAAUUUGAAACCCCUGAUUCCUACUGAUAAUAUUGAAGAAUUUCUCAAAAUCACAGAAAAUAGUAAUAGCACUUUACAACAAAGAUGUUACUUAUAUAGAAAAGAUAAAAGUAAUGAUGCAGAAUAUAGAAAUUCAUAUCUUGAUUUACAGCUAAAAUUGCAGUAUGCAGGAGGUAAAACAGAUGUAACAGAAACUCCUAACACUGUAAUUAGUGAUUCUAUUAUUUCUAAUUCUGCUAAAGAACUGAAAUCUAAUUUAAAACAAACGAAAUCAUAUGGAAGUGAAAUAGAUUGUCAUAGAAAUCCUGGUGGUGAUUUUGGAAAAUAUUCUGUUGGAGCUCACAUGAUCGACUUCACAAAUGCAUAUAACAGUCUAAAUAAACAAUCAUUGAGCUGUGAAGUUAUUCAAAGUCAGCCAAUUAAAGCUGUAUUUUCACAAUCAGCUGAUACACUACUGUCUAAUAUCAAUGAUUGUUCUAAAAGUGUAGAAGCAUAUCACUGUUAUUGUUUGAAUAUUUUAUUAAUAGCAAUAAAACUAACAUCUCCUGCAUUAGCAAUAACAAAUGCAGAAAUUCGACUCCAUCAUCCAAAGACUGAAAUUGUAUCAACAUUUCAUUCAAAUGUGCAAUUUUCAUUAGGAGAAAAAAUAAAAUUGCAAGAUGUAGGUUGCAAGUUACAUUUUAUCUCAGCGAUAGAUGAAAUCAAACAGUUAUUACUGUCUUUCCCACCAAAGAUUAGUAUAUAUAAAAAAGAAGGAAAUUCUAAGACAUGUGUAUGUCAAAGUAUUGUUGAUAUAAAACAAUUAUUUUCUCAAAAUAAGGCUGAACACUUAUGUGAUGUACCAUUAUAUGAUAUGGAACAAAACAAUGUUGGUAAUUUAGAUGUUUUGUUGAAUUUAGAGGAUCAUGGUCCGUAUUAUAGGAUCAAAAGAUCAGUACAAAGUGAAUAUUUGGGACCACCUAUUUUAGAUGAUAGUUUAGCAUAUAAAAUUGUUGAUGAGUUAGAAACGUGGAAAGAAAGACAAAUGGAAAUAUUUAAAGUUGAGUUGAAAAGGAAAGAAGAUCGUCAUUUAAAUUUAUUGAGUCAAGAGUGGCAAAAACAGAAAGAAAAUUUAGAAGCAAAACUUGCUUGCAGCGUCGAACAAUGUAAAAUGCUAGCAAACAGUUUAAAUAAAGCUACAGAAGACCUAAGAAUGCGGAGAUUACAAAGUCUUGAAAAGGAAACAAGAUUAAUUAAAACAAAUGAAGAUUUACAAUGGAGAUAUGAAACAAAAAUACGUCAACUUAACGAAUCACAUUUUGCGAUGCUAAAAGAACUUACAUUAAAGAUCGAUAUUCUUGAGAAGAAGAAAACGACUCUAGAAGGGGAAGUUGAACAAUUAAGUGCUGAGAAUGAAAGAUUACAAUUGCUUCUAACAAAACAAUUAGAAGAAUUAGAAUCUUAUCAAAAAGGUUCUUUAACGCAGGAUCAAACAGCAAAUUUGUUACAAGAGUUAAAAAUACUCGAAGAAAAAUUACAAAAUGCACAAGAAAGUAAAUAUUUCUUCAAAGAACAAUGGGCAAAGGCAGUUCGUGAAAUGCAUUGUAUGAGAAGAGAAUAUCAAGAAGCUAGACAAGUUCAGAUAAAAAAUAGUAAAGAAGAAUUGCAAAACUUGGAUCUAGAAGAGAUAUUGUGUACUGAUACAAAUGCCUUGACAAAUGACCAGAUUUUAUUGAAUGAAAUUCAAAAAGAAAUUGAUGUGAUUAAACCUAAACCAUCUUUUACUGACAGCGACGUAUACUGCCAAGUAUUUACGCCGGCCUCUGUAGAUUCAAAAAUUUUACAGAAUAGCAAUAAAAGUACGUUUAAAAAAUCGGAAGAAUGUGAUAAAAGACUGCAGGCAUUACUCGAAGAACGUAAUUCCCUUUUAAAGACCGGAAGCUAUACAAUUGAUGAUACAGUUAUUAUGAAACUAAAUGCAGAAAUAAGAUCGUUAAUGAUGAAGUAGUUGUUAUAAUAUUUUUUUAUAUAUAGCAGGUUAUAAAAUACGUUGAUAUUAACUCAUUGAUAAAAAUUAUUUUGGUAAAAGUUAUAUUUUAUUACGAUAUGGGACUGAAGAACACUCUACCAUCUUUUUUA